UGGUCGUCUGCCUGGCAGGUAAAUAUUACACACCGGGGAUGCUAGCUGUGGCCAUCUCCGACACGACUAAAGGACAGAAACUCCGGACUAACUGGAGCAAAGAUGAAACCCCAUGCUUUACUGAGGAUAUUAAGUUUUAGACAUCUGACUGCGAGCCUGUAGCCAUGGAUGGACAUGCUGCCAAAACCAAUGAAAGCACCUUCCCCAGCUUUGUGGAUCUGGAUAAUUUCCUUACCAAGCAUGAUUCCAACUUCAUCUGGCUUCUUGUUGCCACCAUUCUGUCCUGUGGAUGGAUUAUCUAUUUAACUUAUUACAACUCACGCAACAUUGGCCUCAUUCUCACCCUCAUCAUCAACAGACUCUACAAGGAUGGCUACAUUCACAUCGGCUCCUUCUCCUUCUCUGUUCUGUCAGGGAAGGUCAUGUUCAGAGAUGUCUACUACAUCAACCAAGACAUGUCUAUCAGGAUACAGGAUGGCUUUCUCAUAUUUCGUUGGUGGAAAAUGUAUAAUCCAAAACAGAAACAACAUGAUCCCAAGGCAGAGACGAGGCUUUACGUGACUGUCAACGGCUUUGAGUUCCAUGUCUAUAACCGGACUGACCUCUACGCACGACUGCAGGAGACCUUUGGACUGGAACCCACGCUUCAAAGGCCCAAAAAAGAUGAAGAGAGGGGGCGAGAGGACAGAAACAAGACACUGGAAAGUGUCAACAUUAAAGCUGAAAGUCAGGAUCCCUCAUCAUCUUGGCGGUCCCUCAUUCCCGUCAUCAAAGUUAACAUCAGCACUGGUCGCUUGGCAUUUGGGAACCACUACCUCCCACAGACUCUGUGCAUGAACUUUGAGGACGCCUGCCUGACGUAUGCCACCAAACCUCCCUCCAGCCACUUGGACCAGUACAUGCACAUUGUCAAAGGCUCACUGGAGAAUGUGCGGGUCAUGCUGGUUCCCAGUCCUCGCUACCUGGGCAUGCAGAAUGACGAACCCCCCAGACUGAUGGGAGAGGGCUUUGUUGUGAUGCAGUCUAAUGAUGUUGAUAUCUACUAUUACCAAGAUGAACCAGGUCUGGUUCCUGUGGAGCAGGAGAGUGGCGAGGAAGCAGAGACGAGCAGUGAGGAUGAUAAGCUGCAGGACCUGCCUCCGUGCUGGGGUCUGGACAUCGUCUGUGGGAAAGGAACUGACUUCAACUAUGGGCCCUGGGCAGACCGCCAGAGGGACUGUCUGUGGAAGUUCUUCCUGCCUGCAGACUACCAGGCCAUGAAGGCAACUGAGGUUGCACAGCCGGGAAAACCCAGGCAGAUCCAGGCCUUCGAGCUUCGCAUGAACAUCAUUGCUGACGCCACCAUCGAUCUGCUUUUCACCAAAAACAGGGAAACCAAUGCCAUUCAUGUGAAUGUAGGUGCAGGCUCUUACCUGGAAGUCAACAUCCCCAUGACUGUCGGAGAGAAUGGAUACUCUCCCACCAUCAAAGGUCAGCUGCUUCAUGUGGACACCACCAGCAGCAUGCAGUACAGGACCCUUCUGGAGGCUGAGAUGUUGGCUUUCCACGUGAUAGCCAGCUACCCCCGGGUAUGGAACAUGCCCCAGUCGUGGCAGUGUGAGAUUGAGGUGUACAAGGCCACGUACCAUUUCAUCUACGCCCAGAAAAGCUUCUUCACUGAUUUGAUCCAGGAUUGGGCGAGUGACAGCGCCCCCGAUAUCUACUCUUUUGUGCCGUAUUCCUGGAAGUUCAAGAUCCUUUUCCACCAGUUUGAGAUGAUCUGGGCAGCAAACCAACACAACUGGAUUGACUGUUCCACCAAACAACAGGAGAAUGUGUACCUAGCAGCCUGCGGCGAGACGCUCAAUAUAGACUUCACUCUGCCUUUCAAUGAGUUUGUUCCAACCACCUGCCAUACCCGCUUCAGCUUAAAGGCGGAAGAUACAGACAUGCGACUUUCCCUGCCAGAGUGCCAUCCGAGCCGCUGCCCCCUGCUCACCCUGGCCAAAGACUACCAGAACAUGAAGCUGCCCCCAGACAUGUUCAUGCCGGGAGAGAAUCAAGGAGCUCCCCCUCCGAAACCCGCCAAGUCGAGGUGGAGGAACAUCACCCGCGCAGAAUCUGGUUGGGUAGAUUGCUGGAGUGUGCCCAACUUUUUGCUUAUCAUUGACUACACCUGGCACCCCAUUUAUCCCCAGAAGGCUGAUGAGCAACUCAAACAGUCAUUUUCUGAGAUGGAGGAAUCCAUGCUAUCGGCCUUGCGGCCCCCAGAACACACCUCAGUGGCUCACACAUCUGCUUCAGCUGCCCACAGUCGGGCAACCACUGACCCCUCAGAGCUGCCCCCUGACAGACUUCAUGUGGAAAUGGAAAUGUCACCAGAUUCUCAAAUAAUUCUCUAUGGGCCUUUGCUCCGAGCUCUGAUUUCCAUCAAGGAAAAUUAUUUUGGCGAGGAUGACAUGUACACAGACUUUGAGGAAGCCGUGUCGAGCCCUGUGUUGUCCACUUCUACUUCCUCGGGCCUUGGCUGGUCUCCACUGGGAAUGGAGGACAGCGAACAUAAAGAAACCUCAGACAUCCAUCCCCUUGACCUGCGGCCCUGGGACAUCACCGUGCUCAUUAACCUCUACAAAGUUCACGGCCGGCUGCCAGUGCACUGCAGCAGCGAGGGUCCCGAAGCUCCAUCCGGCUUCUUGGAGCGGCUGUGUUUUGAGAUGAAAAAGGGCUACAAGGAGACAAAGCUUCAGCUGCUCCUGUCCCCCGUUCACAUCUUUGUCAGUGACAACUACCAGCGUCCCACAGCUGAUGGGGUGUUGAGAGACGGCCACCUGAGUCUGUCUGGCCUGCAGAUGAGGGCCCACGCCAUGUUCUCCGCUCAGGGCCUUCCUCUGGGCAGUGACACACUGGAGUAUGCCUGGCUUAUUGAUAUGCAGGCUGGGGGGCUCACCGGCAGGGUCACUGUUCCACAGAUGGCCAGCAUGAUUGAGUGGGCUAAGACUUUCCUUUUCCACGUGUUCUCCCGGGAGUUCCAGCUAGAACAACCCAAGCCCUCUGUCAUCUGCCAGCACGGUGUUGAUCGUCGCAUCUGCGAUGCUAAGUUGAGCUGCCUCCCCGGUCACUGUCGCACAUCCGAGGAGCUGAAGUACACCAUGACACGCCUGGCCAUGGAUGGAGUUGACCUCUUCAUUGUCGAGCAUGGCUGUGCUGCCAGUAUCAAGACGGGCAUUAUUCGUGUAGCCAACUGUAACCUGCACAACCAGGCAGUGGGCGAGGGCAUCAGCGCUGUGGUGCAGGAUGUAAACAUCCGGCAGUACAUUGAACAACAACACGCUGAAGUGACCAGGCUGCAGCCGGCUGGACAGGGUCAAGGUCCGGGUCAGCCGUUAGGUCUCGGUCAGCCACCUUUGCUGCGACGUUCUGUCUGGCUGGAGGCGGGUGCAGUCAACCUGAACCUCAUCACGGCAGAUAUUGCCCUGGCUGCUGACCACCCAGCCAAAUGUGAAGUGCAGAGGCAAUUUCUGGAACUGCACGAUGCUCAGACCAAAAGACUCUGGUUCCUGUGGCCAGAGGAUGCCAGCAUUCGGAACAAGCGAAACAGAAACCGCUGUGGCUGCCUCGGUGGCUGCAGGUUCUUUGGAGGUACCAACAUGGGGCUGGACUUCUUCAAGCUAGAAGAUCUGACGCCCUCCUCCUCAUCUGCAUUCUCUUCAUCCAGCACCGAGUCAGACAUGUGUUAUGGCCAAUCUUUGCUACAGCCUGGGGAGUGUAUCAUUACAAAGGAAACGCCCAAAGUGGAUGGAGGGAAGGCGGUAGGACUGAAAACAGACACACACUCUCCUUGUCUGCCUCCUGAGCUGCCUGAGAGACAUGGUCAGCAACACCUGAGUCUCCAGGUGCCCCAACGAUCCCACAGCUCGGCCUCUUCCUCUGAAGAAAACAGCUCCUCCAGUGCUGCCUUACCCUUACUGGCAGGAGAGAGAGAUUCUCCCUCGCCAAGCACAGAGGAACGCGUGUUUCCCAUGAAUGGCAAAAGCCCUGCUGACACCCUAGGGGAAGUCCCAGAAGUAUCACCGGUCUCACCCAACAGCUCCCAGGACCGCUCCUCAGUGCGCUCACCCCUCUGCUCUCCUCUCAAGCGUCAGUCCUCUGUGCACUCUGGUCGGCUGGGCAGCACCAAGAGCCUGUCGGCGGCCGUUUUCACAGAUAAGCCGCCACCGGUGUUGUCUGGAGGCGUGCAGUUCAGCAGCGAGGUUUCCCGCAGCGAUGAGAACGUCUUGGAUUCCCCCCAUCAGCGUAGAAGCUACGGCUCCUUUCCCUUCACGCCAUCAGCGGACUCGAACACCUUCCAUCAGUACCGCUCUGCCGACUCCAGCAUGUCAGUGGCCGACAGCGAGGCCUACUUCUCCGCUGCUGAGGACUUUGAGCCAAUCAGCAGCGCUGACGAGGGACCGGGGACUUACCCAGGACGCAAAAAGAAGAGGAGGCAGCAGAUGCAGCAGCCUCAGCAGCCACCGUAUCACAUGGAGAACUACAGCCGAAGCUCCAUCUACCACAGUGUUGAGGGUCCCCUCACGUACGUUCUCAAUGGGGAGCUGAUCACUGAACCACGUCCUCUGCCGCUGCCUCCUACACUACCUCCACUGCCUCCUCAGCCCCUGCCCAGUCACACAUCUCAGGCCUCCUUUGUCUCAGCCCUGGCAAUGGAGGAGGAGAGCUCAGUGGAGGCAGAAAAGAUGGCGGAACCGGGCCCGGUAACUCGACAGCCUCACGUCAUGGCGUGUUACCAGAACUACCUAGCCCACUACCAGGUCUCAAAUUGGUCUGUCAAACAACCCACCAAUAAAAGAACCUCCAAGUCUUCGCUGCAUCGCCCCCUUGAUCUGGACACGCCUACCAGCGAGGAGAGCUCUGGCUCUUUUGACCAGCUCUCCGUCCCAAGCUUUAAGGUAAUAAAGCACGGCCUCUCAGCCAGCUCGCUGUUAGACAGAGGUGUUCAGCUGAUGGGUGAGAACAACAGUACCCCGUAUACACCCCUGGAUAAGAGGGCCAUGGAGAACACAGAUGAGGACACAACCACAGAUGACUGGUCUCUGGAGCAGCCCCUAGCUCAGACCAGAACCACUGCCAUUGUGGAGGUGAAAGGAGCCAUCAACGUGGUGCUCACACCUCUUGUGGCUGAAUCCCUGGACAGGUACAUCGAGUCCAUGGCCCACUUUGCAAGCAUCCGACACCCAGCAGCGAUUCUGGAUGAUCUGCACGGGAAAGUCCUCAAUGAAGCCUAUCAGAUCAGCAAAUCUACAGUCACUGAGUCUAGCCAAACAGGCAAGCAGGAGCAUAAGCUGUCCAAGACAGAGGGCACGACCCCUGGUUCCCUAAACAUCUCCCAUGGCCAGACAGACCUGUCCGUCAAACCAGAUAAUGUGAAAAUCAAGGGCCUCCAAGCCAACGUGUCCAUCCCCAAGGUGAACCUUUGCCUCCUGCAGGCCUCUGUAGAGGAAGGGUCACCAUCUUGCUCCAGUAAGAGUGUCACACAUGUGUCUCUAGUGGCACUGUGCUUUGACAGGAUUGCCACCCAGUUCAGGAUGAACAGGGGAAUUGUAGAAGAGACUCCCAACACCACAGAGCAUGGCCGACCCUCUGUCAUGUUUGAGAAGUAUGCUUCAGCCACUAAGAUGCAGCCUCAGUCUUCGGGCUCUUUGCGCUCCAACGCCGGCAUCGAGAAAGGCAAAGAGAUUGCUGCAAGACUCAAUAUCCACCGAAUCCACAGCCAGCUCCGAGGCCUGGACUCCACAGAUAUUGGCACAUGUGCUAUCACAGCAAUUCCUUUUGAGAAGUCCAAAGUUCUCUUUGGCCUGGAGGAAAUGGAGGAGUUUUCAUUGGUGGAUGAAACUGAUGCCCAGGCAACAGCAGGCGAUCUGGGCCGUUCUGCCGCAUCUCUGGAGAAAUGGGGCUGGAUCAUGUUUGAAUGUGGCAUUGAGAAUCUCACAGUCAAAGGGGGCCGUCAGUCAGGAGCUAUUCUUUACAAUGCAUUCGGUGUGAUGGGGCGCUCAGACGCAGGAGGGAAGACAGGAAUGUCAAAGUCCAACGGUUCAACCGGCUCUCAGACAGGAAGCGGUUACAGUACUGAUAUGUCUGAUGACAACCUCCCACAUGAUGCUGUCAGUCCAGCCUCUGAUGUUAAUGAGCACUCAGACUCAGACGACCAGGACGAAGGGGUCGAAUCAGACGACCUGAAGAAAGACCUUCCUCUCAUGCCCCCACCACCUGACUCCAGCAGCAUGAAACUGACCAUUAGAGAGAUCUGGUUCAGUUUUGCUGCUCCCACCAAUGUGCGGUCCGCCUCACAGGCCAUCUCCAGGCAGUUGAAUCUUCUCAGCACAGCCACACCUGCCAUUGGAGCCUGGUUGGUUCCCAUUGACCAGCUCAAAUCGUCACUUCGGAAGCUGGACAUGGAGGGCACGCUGCGCGUUUGUGCAGUCAUGGGCUGCAUCAUGACCGAGGCUCUGGAGAAAAAGAGCAUCCACAUCCCGAUCAGGACCAAGUACAACCGCGUGACCAAACGAGCCCGCUACCUCCACGAGAACCCCUCCUGCAUGCUUUGUAACAUCCUGCACCGCUACCUGCAACAAGCUGACUACUCUGUCAUAGAGGAAGCUACUAUGAAUGAUGGGGUUCCAGCCCUGGUCACUCUAAAGAAAGGUUUGGUAGCAUUGGCCAGGCAGUGGAUGAAAUUCAUUGUGGUAACUCAGGGUUUCAAGGCUAUUGGUCUGAUGAGGCCCAACCAGCUUACCAAACCCAAGGAGCCUCAGCAGAACCAGGGUGACACAGUUUUGGGACUGGAUAAUGGAGCUGCUCUGCAGAGUGACACCAGCGCGGAUGGAGCUGAAUUUGAAUUUGAUGCAGCCACAGUGAGUGAACACACAAUGUUGCUGGAGGUAGCAUGCAGCCGCCCCCCACCGAAAGAAGCCAACUCUGGUCCUGUGAGCGGAGUGGAGAUCAUGAGGAAACUUUCCAAGUCGCAUACACACAACGAGUCUGUGCUCAGAAUAAAGGGUUCGCAUCCCUACCAGUCGCUGAGCUACACCAGCGGUGACACAGCAGCUGACUCACCCGCCCAUGUGAGCCGCACAGGCCUGCCAGCCAAGGACAGCCCCAGGAAGGAGAGCCUUCUGAGCAACCUGACGGGCAGCUUUCGGAGUCUGCACAAUCUGCUGGAGGGCACGCCCCAGAGGAACGAGCCGUCUGCCGCCACAGCAACCAAGAGCAGCUCGCUCACUCGCACAGGGACAGACAUGCUGACUGAGCACCCGCUGCUGUCGGAGCCCUCCUCUGUCAGCUUUUACAACUGGAUGUCCAACGCUGUGAGCAACAAGACGGGGGCUGGAGUGCAGGAGUCUCCGGUCAACCGCUCCCAGCACAACAGUCUACAGACAGGUGGGACGUGUAACCUGCCCACCAUCCCUUCGGCCUCAGAUUUCAACACAGUGCUAUCCAGUGACCAGAACACCCUCGACGGGACCCACUCCCAGCAUUCCCAGCACAGCACGAGCCAGGACGACAUGGCCGACAUUGAAGAGGGGAACCAGUGUCCAGCUGCUGUUCAGCUGGCUGAUGCUCAGGUUGUGUUUAAGCCUUUACUGAGCUACACAGGCAUCCAGGCCCAAGAUACCACUCCGCUUAGCUAUAAGAUGUAUUUUGGAGAGCACCUGUCUUUUUCCGGCAACCUCGAGUGCCUCAGAGCAGACAUUGCCGACUCUGAUACCACCAAGGAGCGCAAAAACAAGCGAUCCAGGAGGCAAGGCAUGGUGAACCUGCCUCCCCUUGAGUUCAAGCCAGCAUUACUGAUUGAGACCUUCAGUGUGAAUGCCGUGGUGAUGGAGAAGUCAACCAGUGCUCCUCAGGGCCCCACCGCAGCCCCGCUCUCCUUCCACGACCUCAACCGCCGCCACUACAAUACAUUCCACUGUGACUUCACUACAGCCUGCCAGGCCAUCAGCCAGCGCGUCGACAUGGCCCUGGUACGCCUCAUCCACCAGUUCAGCACCAUGAUUGAUGAUAUCAAGGCCACGCAGACUGACAUCAAGCUGAGCCGCUACACCGCCGGCUCGGCCUCCCCGACACCCACCUUCAAGGCCCGGCCGUAUCGCCACUUCAGGUCGUCGGACUUCAGCCGCAGCUCCCGUGGAAGCCUGAAUGGGGCGGGCCGCAGCGGAACCCAAACUCUGAAGAGCAAGAGAGGAGUGGGUGGAGGGGGAGGAUCAGGAGGGGGAGCGGCAAAUGCUGGUGGUUUACCUCCAAACGGACCUCCAUCGGGCAUGGACACGCUGGGAAGAAGGGAGCCGAGAGGACGCAGCUCCCUCGGACGCUCAGAAAGACGCACCUCCAAGGUGUCACGGAAAGGGUCUCGUGACGUGGCCGACCACAUGGCGAUCCAGAUGGAUGACUCGGACUCCAUCACGGUGUCAGAGCAGAGCGAGCCAUCAGCAGAAUGUUGGCAGAACAUGUACAAGCUGCUCAACUUCUACUCCCUCAUCUCCGAUCCCACUGGCAUCCUGGAGAAAAGCUCCCCGGAGAACUGCCUUUCAGAGACGGGACGCCACACCUCCGAGCCGUUCUGUAAAGUGAUAUUUGAGAAUGAGCAGCAGGACCCCAACACGCCCAGCAAGCCUCCCGGUGCAGGUGGAAGGCGACGCAGCCUUGUGAGCUCCGAGCCUCAGCACGUCACGCUCAUCGUGUUCGGCAUCGGCAUGGUGAACCGCACACACCUGGAGGCGGACAUCGGCGGGCUGACCAUGGAAGCAGAACUGAAGAAGAUACAUGGAAGUUUCACCCUGAAGGAGAAGAUGAAAGAUAUUCUGCACCAGAAAAUGACAGAGACGUGCGCAUCGGCUCACAUAGGAGGGGUAAACAUCGUUCUGCUGGAGGGGAUAACUCCUGACAUUCAACUGGAGGAUUUCCCAACAUCUCCCACCAGCACUGCUAAACAAGAGUUUCUAACGGUGGUCAAAUGCAACAUCGCCAAGUCUCAGGCCUUGUACAGCGCCCAGCGGGGCCUGAAGACCAACAACGCUGCUGUCUUCAAAGUGGGGGCCAUCAUGAUCAACAUUCCCCAACACCCGGCUACGCUGCACAGUAUGAUGGUCCGCAGCUCCCAUCAGCUCUCCAAGCAAAUCUCCGACCUCAUCCGCCAGCCUUCUAAUGCCCAACCUCCUAAUAGGGAGGACACCCCCACCCCACAACCCUCUGACAAAGCAUCCAGCAUCAACCAGACCCCUGUCGAGGCCAACGAGUUCCCUCAGCUUCCCGAAGGCCUGGAGAAGAAGCCCAUUGUCCUCAAGUUCAGCGCCAUGAUGGAUGGCAUCACCAUUGGCGCAGCCCUGCUCCCAUCACUGAAAGCAGAGUACAAGAUGGGACGCAUGAAGAGCCACGGCAUGACGGGAGCACAAACCAGUUUCACGUUUGAGUUGCCGAACCACAAACUUUGCUUCCAAUCAAAAGUAUCCCCGGUGGACAUGUCCCAGCACACUAUGUCGCCAUCAGCCAGCCUCACGCUGCCGCCGGUUACAAUGUCGGGAGAGUACAUCAUGGAGGAUCACGAUAGUCACUCAGACCAGGGCUGGGCGCCAGACGACUUCCCAGCAAAACAAGGAAACUACCUGCAGGGCAACUACCUGCGAUGUGUAGCUGAGAUUGGCUCUUUUGAGCACAACCUGACCACAGACCUGCUCAACCACCUGGUCUUUCUGCAGAAGGUUUUCAUGAAGGAAGUGAAUGAGGUCAUUCAGAAAGUGUCAGGAGGAGAACAACCCAUCCCACUCUGGAAUGAGCACGACACCUCAACAGAUGCAGACAAACCCAAAAUCCUGCUUUAUUCUCUCAGCCUCAGGUUCAAGGGAAUCCAGAUGACAGCAACCACUCCCUCCAUGCGAGCCGUGCGCUUUGAGACGGGCCUGAUUGAGCUCGAGCUGUCCAACAGAAUCCAGUGCAAGGCUCAGGCUGGAGGCAGCAGCAGUUACCUGAAACUCUUUGGAAAGUGUCAAGUUGACCUCAACCUAGCCCUUGGACAGAUUGUCAAGCACCAGGUGUAUGAAGAAGCUGGCUCGGAUUUCCACCAGGUGGCAUACUUCCAAACUCGGAUUGGUCUGCGGAAUGCUCUGCAGGAGGAAAUCAGUGGAUCCACUGACAAAGAGGCUGUUCUCAUCACACUCAACAGACCAGUUGUUUUCGCUCAGCCCGUGGCAUUCGACAGAGCUGUGCUCUUCUGGCUAAACUACAAAGCAGCAUAUGACAACUGGAAUGAGCAGCGUAUGGCCCUCAACAAGGACAUUCACGUGGCCACAAAAGAAGUGGUGGAUAAGCUGCCAGGCAUUCAACAGACCUCCGCCCAGGCAUUCAGCACCCUCUUUCUGCAACUGACAGUCAAUGACCUCGGUAUUUGCCUGCCAAUUACCAACACAUCUCAGGCCAAUCACAGCAUAGAUUUUGACACGGGCUCUGCGCUGGUCCUGACCAUCGAGAGCACACUGAUCACCGCCUGCUCCUCCGAGUCCCUGGUGAGUAAAGGACACUUCAAAAAUUUCUGCAUCCGCUUUGCCGAGGGCUUCGAGACCUCCUGGGACGACUGGAAGCCUGAAGUCCGGGGAGACAUCGUCAUGAAUGCUUGUGUAGUCCCUGAUGGUACAUAUGAAGUGUGUUCCAGGACUACAGGCCAGCCCUCUGCAGAAAGCAGCAGCGCUGGUACCUGGACUCUCAAUGUGCUUUGGAAGAUGUGUGGAAUCGCCGUUCACAUGGACCCCAACAUCGGCAAGCGCCUUAACGCUCUGGGCAACACGCUGACGUCCCUGACGGGCGAGGAGGACAUAGACGACAUCGCCGAUCUGAACUCUGUGAACAUGGCAGACCUUUCAGAUGAGGACGAAACCGACUCCAUGUCACCCACCACGCACGUGGAGGCGGUUGACCCCAGAAGGUCAAUGGUGACAGGAAACCAGAUAAUUGAUGCUCGUGGGAGGAAGUUCACAAAAAGGGUCGUUGACAUCCGAGAACUGAAUGAGCAAGCCAAAGUCAUCGAUGACCUCAAGAAACUGGGGGCCAGCGAAGGGACCAUCAACCAAGAGAUCCAGCGCUAUCAACAGCUGGAGUCUGUGGCCGUCAAAGACAUCAGGAGAGAUGUCAGAAAGAAGCUGCGUCGCUCCAGCAUGAGGGCGGCCUCUCUAAAGGAUAAGUGGGGUCUUGGCUACAAACCAAGCUACAACCGUUCCAAAAGCAUCUCAGCGGCAGCGGGCCGGCCACCUCUAAAAAGGAUGGACAGACAAAGUUCCAGAAUCGGAGAUGUGGAUGUAGAUUUCCCAGAUAACCGUGUGGACGUGUCCUCUCCGGCACCACGGGUCACCUUCAACAUCCAGGACACGUUCCCUGAGGAGUCAGAGGGGGACCUGUCGACAAUCUCCAUUGACGAUUCAUCCCAUCCUCAUCACCUCCACCUCCAUCCCCUAUCUGUUGUCGAUGGUCAUCACUCAGUUUUCAGUGCCCCCGCCACCCCUGCUGUCUUCUCACCCACACUUCCCUUCCAGCAUGACGACAUAAGGCGCGAUGACCUGUCCUCUUCCUCCUCGGAAGACUCGGACAAGGACGACUUCGAGCAUGACAGACAGCAGAGCUAUCGAAGGCCUGUCCAAACGUCUCAGAGAAAGUCCUCGGGCUUUUCUGCUGUGAGUCAGUUGUUCAGUGAGCGCUGGCCAAGCACUCCUGCCAACCGCAGCUUCAGUGGCCCAACGACGGAAAGAAACAUCGACUUUGAGCUGGAUGUCCGUGUGGAAAUCGACAGCGGGAAGUGCGUCCUUCACCCUACUACUCAACAGCCCGAGCACGAGGAUGUUUCUUUGAGGAGGAGCUGUGAGCGCAGCCUCCGAAACCUGGACCAAGAAUCUCCUCCCAAGAAGAAGAAGCUCCAACCCAACUACCCCUCAUCCAGCCAUCUCUUAGCUGGAAAGAAGUGUCCCUCCACUCUGCCGACCAAAUCCAAUGACUUGGAGACUACAGUUUUCUACAUUCCAGGAGUGGACGUUAAGUUGCACUACAACUCCAAGACCCUGAAGACGGAGUCACCCAACGCCUCGCGUGGAUCCUCUCUCCCCCGAACUCUCUCCAAAGAGUCUAAGCUGUAUGGUAUGAAAGAUAGCGGCCCUCCAAAUCCUCCCAAUGCUGUCCAAAGCAAGACUAACUCGCUCCUACCUCCCCCGCCCCCACCUAUUCCAUCAGCUAAAGGUAAGAGCAGUGGAGGGGUAAAGACGGCCAAGCUGUAUGCCUGGGUGGCCCUCCAGACCCUGCCAGAGGAGAUGGUGAUCAGCCCCUGUCUGCUGGACUUUCUGGAAAAAGCACUUGAGACAAUUCCUAUCACUCCAGUGGACAGGAACUACACAGCUGUGGCAUCCCAGGAGGAAGACAUGGGUCAGUUUGAUACAGUGGAACAGCUCGAGGAAUCGACCACCUCCCUGGUUUCCUCUUCAACGUCGGCAUACUCCUCCUUCCCCGUGGAUGUGGUUGUCUACGUCAGAGUCCAGCCCUCUCAGAUCCGCUUCAGCUGCCUGCCAAUGUCCAGGGUGGAGUGUAUGCUCAAACUGCCCUCGUUAGACCUGGUCUUCUCCUCUAACCGUGGAGAACUGGAGACCCCGACAGGAGCCCAUGUGACAGACGGGUCACACCAGCCCUCCUCAACUCCACCUGGGCAGCAUAUCCCCAAACCACCUCCCAGCAAAGCAUCUCCGUUGCUGGGGAGCCCUCUGGGCAGAAGCCGUCACAGCAGCAGCCAGUCCGACCUCACCGGGCCCCCGAGUAACUCCUCGGGCCUCAGCUUUACAGCCUGCAUGUCUGACUUCUCCCUCUACGUCUUCCACCCCUACGGCGCCGGAAAGCAGAAAUCUGCAGUCACGGGGUUGCCUCCGGGCCCAGGGCCGUUAGGUACCGUGGAUGAGGAGUCGACUUCAGUGACAGGAAGGAAAGACUCUCUGAGCAUCAACCUGGAGUUUGUGAAGGUCAGCUUAUCGAGGAUGAGGCGAACAGGAGGCCCCACUUUCAUUGAGAGCUUUAUUCCUCCUAAGGGGGGUAAAAUGGACACCACCCUCAUCAACAUCUCAGCUGUGUGUGACAUCGGCUCGGCUUCCUUCAAGUACGACAUGAGAAGACUGAGCGAGAUCCUGGCCUUCCCGAGAGCCUGGUAUCGCCGAAGUAUCGCCAGACGCCUCUUCCUGGGGGACCAAACCAUCAACCUCCCACCUUCCGGCCCCGCCACUCCCGACUCAGCUGAAAACGUCACCCAUCACCUGUCCCCCGAGUCCAGCCGGAAAGCUUACUGGAGGACGUGGGACGGCAGCACCGGGUCGCAGCAUGUGCCCCAGUCCCCCAACGUCUUUUCGGAGCACUCCACCGGAAGCAACAUGUCCCCAGGCAGCCUGGGGCACCUCAAGUCCCCUGCACCUGGUCGCACCAGGAGCGUCUCUGACUCCUCCGCUCCAAGGAGAGAUUCAGUCACAAAAACAUCGACUCCUUCAUUUGGUAAAAAUGGGAAGGCAGCAGGUCAGCAGGGGUCGCCGUGGGAGACGCUGGUGGUGUUCGCCAUCAACCUAAAGCUGCUCACCGUCCAAAUGAACAUGAGCAACGUGAUGGGAAACAAUACCUGGACGACCAGCGGGCUGAAAAGUCAGGGCCGACUUUCUGUCGGAAGCAACCGAGACCGAGAGAUCAGCAUGUCUGUCGGCCUCGGCCGAUCCAAGCUCGACUCCAAGGGCGGGGUGGUGGGUGGCAAUAUAGACGUGAACACCCUGGAGAUGGUCUCCCACAUCUCAGAACAUCCAAACCAGCAGCCCAGCCACAAGAUCCAGAUUACCAUGGGCUCCACGGAGGCGCGAGUGGACUACAUGGGCUCCAGCAUCCUGAUGGGAGUGUUUAGUAAUGCUGACCUGCAGCUGCAGGAUGAAUGGAAGGUCAACCUGUGUACAGUGGACACCAGCCUAUCAGAGAAAAGUGAGAUCUUCAUCCACGGAGACCUGCAGUGGGACAUUUUCCAGGUGAUCAUUUCACGGUCCACCACACCAGACCUCAUCAAGAUCGGCAUGAAGCUGCAGGAGUUUUUCACUCAGCAAUUCGACACCAGCAAGCGGGCCCUCUCCACCUGGGGCCCUGGCCCCUACCUACCCCCCAAAACCCCCGUCGUCAACACUGACAAAGGAGCUGCAGAGCUUUACAUGGAUGCGGCCCAUCACCGCCACUGGCCCGGGGUGCUGAAGGUAAUCGCCGGCUGCCACAUCUCCCUCUUCCAGACGCCCUUGCCUGAGGAUGCCGUGCAGCUUGGCGGGUCGAUGAGCCUCCAUGGCAAUCACAUGACUCUGGCCUGCUUCCACGGGCCAAACUUCCGCUCCAAGUCGUGGGCCUUGUUCCACCUGGAAGAGCCCAACAUCGCCUUCUGGACAGAGGCACAGAAAAUCUGGGAGGAUGGCUCCAAAGAUGACUCUACCUACAUCGUGCAGACACUGGAUUUCCAUCUCGGCCACAACACGAUGGUCACGAAGCCGUGUGGUGCUCUCAAAAGCCCAAUGGCCACCAUAACCAAAAUCACACGACGGCGACAUGAAAACCCUCCACAUGGUGUCGCUACUGUCAAAGAAUGGUUCAACUACGUCACUGCAAUGAGAAAUGAAGAGCUGAACUUGCUCAGGAACGUCGAGGCCAACAACCAAGAGAGCGGAUCGGCUGCCAAGAGCUCCAGUCUGCUGAGCAGCUUCCGCAGCACAUCCAGCUACAACCACGAAACAGAGACCAUCUUUGCACUACCCAGAAUGCAGCUGGACUUUAAGUCAAUUCACGUACAAGAUCCGGAUGAACCUUCUCUAACGGACUCCAGCAGCAAACCCAAAGUGGAGUGCAGCGUGGUGACAGAGUUCACCGACCACAUCUGCGUCACCAUGGACGCCGAGCUCAUCAUGUUCCUGCACGACCUGGUGUCGGCCUAUCUAAAGGAGAAAGAGAAAGCUCUUUUUGCCCCGCGGAUGUUCGCACCUCGGCCCGGCCAGAAGAGCCCCACCGCCCUGCACGAUGAAAACUCCGCGGAUAAAGACAAGGACGACAGCAUCAACUACACCACGGUGGACUGGAGGGAGUUCAUGUGCAACACCUGGCACCUGGAGCCGACUCUCAGGCUCAUCUCCUGGACGGGUCGGAAGAUCGACCCAGUCGGCGUGGACUACAUCUUACAGAAACUGGGCUUCCACCAUGCCAGGACUACAAUUCCCAAAUGGCUGCAGAGGGGUGUGAUGGACCCACUGGACAAGGUGCUGUCAGUACUCAUCAAGAAGCUGGGCACCGCUCUGCAAGACGAAAAGGAAAAGAGAGGCCGAGACAAAGAAGAACACUGAGGAACUCAAACAGUCAUGCCACUGGAAUCAGAGCUGUGCAAAAUGUUUCAACACUAGUUUUCUGUAUUUAAAAGGCCACUACUUUACGAUGUCCAGCAUCCUGCAUAGUUGUUUACUGUGGUGCUUGCCUCUAGGGAUUCCGACUGAAGCGUUUUGCACAGCUGUUUUUCUUUUUCUGUACAUUUUGAACAAAUUAGCAAAUGCUAGCAUUAUUUGAUUGCUUUAAAGGUAAAACCCUGCCUCUCUUACCUGUUGUAAAUGACCUUACUGAAACUGCUUCAAAGUUUAUUUUAAGGCUUACCAGUCGUUCAUGAGAAAUGAUUUCUUAAACCAUUGCCUUUUUCUCUGUUUCCCAUGGAACACAUGGUAGGUAUGCUUGAUGUAAGUUAUAGCGCAGCUUCGCGAUAUUUAAGAGAAAUUCAGUGACGCGUUCUUCAUUCUUGACACGAACAAAUAAAUCCUGGGAGAUUUUUCUUAAAAUCAUCCCCUCACUCGUGAGGAUGAUAUAAGCUUGUAAUUAUAAUUUGAUCAUUAUUUAUGACUAUGUGAAAUUCAGCGUAUGAUGUAUUAGCUUGAUGUGUCAAGCUUCUUUUUGUCUUUUUUUUUAAUCCACACAUUAGAACCAAUGUAUAUAGUUAAAUUUCUUAAAUGUGUUGAUUUCGUAACUUAAUAAAACUAUUGC